AUGAGUAAAAUAAAUAAAGCCAUAUCCCAGCGCGAAGUCACCAACUGCUACCCCGCCCUUCUCGACCGCCGCCACCACAUCCUGCCUCUCAUCCAGACCUUCUUCUCCGAGGUCGUGGGUCCCACGUUCGAGUCUCAGAACUACACCUUCGACGUUUAUGUCACCAGUGACGGGCGGGUGAAGCUUAUCGACUUCAACCCAUGGCGCGCCUUCACAUUACCCAUUCUCUUUACCUGGGAGGAGUUGGAGGAAGAAGCAUUUAAUUCCAAGGAGGAAGAAGUAGACAAAGAGCCGGGAGAAGAAGAAGCAAGAUUGGUGGAGUUUCGGAUUGUCGAAAGCCAAUGUGGGGUGAGGCCAGGGUUGAAGACGGCUGUGCCUUACGACUACUUGGACACAGGGGAAGGAAGUGGGUGGGAUCAGUUCUUGAGGAGAGCGGACGAGGAGCUGAGGAAGCAGGCCCAGACAAUUUUGCACCCCAGUGAUGAUGCUUAA